AACAAUAAUUAUGAUUAUUAUUCAUUCAGCCAUAUUACUUGUUGUGAAUUUGCAACACAUUGCAACAAAAAAAAUUGUUUUGCCGCUCAAAUUACAUGUCCAUACCAGUUUAAUAACCAGGUUUUUUUGUUUUACUCUAUUGAUACACGAUGUCUGCUCCAGAUAUUACAAUGCUCGCUGAUAAGCCAGAAAGUGGACCAGUUUAUGGAGGAUGUGAAGGUCCUGAUGCCAUGUAUGUCAAGCUAGUCAGCAGUGAUAAACAUGAAUUUAUUGUUAAACGUGAACAUGCACUUACAAGUGGUACAAUCAAAGCUAUGCUAAGUGGUCCUGGACAAUUUGCUGAGAAUGAAGCUAAUGAAGUUAAUUUUCGUGAAAUUCCAUCUCAUGUUUUACAAAAAGUUUGUAUGUAUUUCACAUAUAAAAUACGUUACACAAACAGCAGUACAGAAAUUCCAGAAUUUCCAAUAGCCCCAGAAAUUGCAUUGGAAUUAUUGAUGGCUGGUAACUUCUUGGACUGCUAAAAUAUAUUCAUUAUUUCUCAACAUUGAAACUUAUAAAAGUUUAAAAUAAAAAAGAAAAAACACUAUAUUGGGUUUAAAUAGAUUAAAAUUGUGAAAAUUGUGAAAAAGAAGUUGUCUUCAGUUAGUUUUUUUUUUUUUUUCUGUUGUAACUUUUCUUUUUCUCAGCACUUUUAAUAAUCUUGUAUAUAUUUUGAGUUCUUUAAAAAAUGAAAGGCUUUCAAAUAAUUUAAAAUGUUAAUUUAAACACACUCAUAUUUUUCAAUUAAAAUUAAUAUUAUUUUUGCAGCAGCUUAAUAAGAAAAAUCCAACUGAAUAAUUUAAAUAACAAAAUAAUAUUGUGAUUGAUAUUAUAUUAUAAUUAAUUUUUUUUUUUGUCGAUUAAUCUUAAUUAAUAAAUAGAGUUCAUAUUGAAAAUUUAA